AUGCUGCGGCAGCCACCGCCGCCGCGACUAUCAAAGGCUGCCAUCAAAGAAGAAGGUAGCGCUCAGGUUGCACCCUUCAAAUUCCUGCUUCCACAAGAUGACCAGAUUAUUGGUGGCCGCACAUUCUACUUGAGGAGGUGUAAAAGGAAGAGACCAACAGAGAUAGACUCUCUAUCCGAUGAAUUGUUGAUGGAAGUUCUUGCUCGCAUCCCAAUUGGCCAAGAUAUUUAUGAGGCAAGGCUUGUUUGCCGCAAAUGGUACCAUAUCAUUCACACCCGUGAUUUCAUGCGCUUCUACUUACAGCACGCCACUUAUGUACUCCUAUUCAAAUGUACAAUUCUUGGGUCAUUUUUAAUGCUCCCACAAGGAGGGGCCCGAGUCGAGAUUUCUAGGUUGAGGUACAAACGCAAGCGUCCUAUCACAAGUAGUUGUAAUGGAUUGUGGUUAGAGAAUCAGGUAGGGGAUAGAGAUAAUCUGUAUGCCAUGAAUCCGGCAACAGGCCAAGUCGUUCUUCUCCCUCCACUUGUGAAGCGUGUUCAAGUUGGAUUUCAUGCAAUUGGGUAUGUGCCGGCUUCCAUGGAGUAUAAAGCGGUUGUAUUUUGGCCUCAGAGUGCAUUAUGCGAAAAGAGGUAUUGUUAUAUAUUAAACGUUGGAGUUGAUAAAUUAUGGAGGAAAGUUGAAUUUGAGUUCACAACACCAUUGCGAAAGAACCACUUGAUGAUUUCUGAAGGUUUCAUGCAUUGGACACAUCCCCCUACCAACGAAGUCUUGACUCUGAAUCUGGAGACUGAAAUUUUUACAGAGACCCCUGGCCCUCCCCCUGUAGCUGGAACUAGGUAUGUAGACAAUAUUUACCUGUCGACUGGAAGGUAUCUGUCGAUAUUGCGUCGUUCUGGGGAUUAUUCGUGGGAGAUUUGGGAGAUGAGUCGACCGGAAAGGGGAGAAUGGAGAAAGAAGGCAGAUUUUUCAUUGGAGGCUCACAAGGGAAGAUUCGAAGAAUUAGGUAUCCUACAUGAGGAGUUUUUAACCCCAGUUGGGUGGGUCAAGUAUUCAGAGUUGUUGGCCCUGAAGUGUGUUGAUGGUGAGCACCCGAAUGUUGUUUUUUUAUACAAUAUUGUGACGCAAGAAUUCGAUAAAAUGGAGUUACCUUUCUACAUAGGAAUGUGCAAUACUAUGGUGCAUAAGAGUAGUUUGGAGUGGUUGGAUGCUGCUGUGUAG